AUGACGCACCUGAGAGUGUCUUCGUCGACGAUACUCUCCGAUGGGCAACGACAGUUCAUGUGCGACGGAACCUUCGGUGGUGUUUUGCGCUUUAAAAUGAAUCCUUCAAACGAUCUUGAUGACAAUCUGGAUGUCUUUAACAAGUUAGUUGAAGACAUCGUUAAUUGUGAUGAAGAGGUAUCUGAAACGUAUAAGGUUAUUAUUCUGCUUAAUUUCAUGCCUGAUUCAUAUAGGGAAGUUAAGAAUAUCUUUUUCUGCGCUUAUCUCAUCGCCACCCCAACCAUAGCACCACCGCAACCUGAUAAUAGCGUGGGCUUAAAAAUCCCAUGUUUGACUGGUGCAGAUGUUUCACAAGUUUCUUAUGCUGUUGGUACUGACUCAAGAAUUGGUCCCAAGUUCCUUAAUGCUAGUGUUGGUUUCGGUGGUUCUUGCUUUCAGAAGGACAUCCUUAACUUGGUUUACAUUUGCGAGUGCAAUGGUCUUCCUGAGGUGGCAGAAUACUGGAAACAGGUCAUUAAGAUUAAUGACUAUCAGAAGACCCGUUUUGUGAACCGUGUUGUUGCCUCUAUGUUCAACACAGUCGCUAACAAGAAAGUCGCCAUCUUAGGUUUUGCUUUCAAGAAGGAUACUGGUGAUACCAGAGAAACCCCUGCUAUCGAUGUUUGCAAAGGACUUUUGGGCGACAAAGCUCGAUUGAGCAUUUAUGAUCCUCAGGUUACCGAAGACCAGAUCCAGAGGGACCUUACAAUGAACAAGUUCGACUGGGACCAUCCUCUCCAUCUGCAGCCCAUGAGCCCCUCCACAGUAAAGCAAGUAAGCGUCGUUUGGGAUGCCUAUGAGGCAACUAAAGAUGCACACGCUGUUUGCAUUCUCACUGAGUGGGAUGAAUUUAAGUCUCUUGAUUUCCAGAGGAUAUACGAGAACAUGCAGAAACCCGCAUUCAUCUUUGAUGGAAGGAACGUCGUCAAUGCGGGCCAACUGAGGGAAAUUGGCUUUAUUGUGUACUCAAUCGGCAAACCACUGGAUGCCUGGCUCAAAGACAUGCCUGCUGUUGCAUAAAUUCGUUUCUUCGGUUGUCUUCGUGUUGGGACCAAAGAGUGUCAGCUAUCUAGUCUGAAUUUCGAAAUUUAUGUUUCCUCUUACCAGUAUUUAUGAUACUGCUAUCUCUCAUUUACUUCAAGGACCUGAAUUUCUUCUUUUGUUUGGCUUAUAAGCUGAUAAGUUUUAGCUACAUUUUUUUGUCUCAUUAUUUUAUGAAAUCUAUAUGUUGUGGAACUGAUCAACUUUACCUGGUUGGGUUUGAAA